UUCUUCAACGUCUUAACCAAAAGCCAGGCUGCAGCGGAGAAUUUCCCAUUCUGCACCAUCGAUCCCAAUGAAAGUCGCGUACCCGUACCCGACGCAAGGUUCGACUAUUUGUGCGAGUAUUUCAAACCGGCUAGCAAAGUUCCAGCCUUCUUGAACGUAGUGGACAUUGCCGGGCUCGUUAAAGGUGCCGCCGAAGGACAGGGCUUGGGAAACAAUUUCCUCUCGCACAUUAAUGCUUGCGAUGGGAUUUUUCAUCUGGCCCGAGCGUUCGACGACGACGACGUCACUCACGUGGAAGGAGAUGUGAAUCCCGUGCGAGAUCUUGAGAUUAUUAGCGAGGAAUUGCGAUUAAAAGAUAUCGAGUUUUUGAACGUUCACCUCGAGAAAUUAGAAAAGCUUGUCGUCCGAGGAAACGAUAAGAAACUAAAGCCCGAAUAUGAUACGCUGUUGAAAGUGAAAAGUGUUAUGGUGGACGAAAAAAAGCAUAUUAGGUUCGCCGAUUGGAGUGUUACCGAAAUCGAAGUUCUCAACAAAUAUUUAUUCCUCACGUCGAAACCGGUUAUUUAUUUAGUUAAUCUCUCGGAGAAGGACUACAUCCGUAAGAAGAACAAGUGGUUAAUCAAAAUAAAGGAAUGGGUCGACAAAAACGAUCCCGGAGCUAUUUUGAUCCCAUUCAGCGGUGCUUUCGAGAACAAACUUGUCGACAUGGAGGAGCCAGAGCGUGCAAAGUAUUUGGAGGAACAAAAAGCUACUAGCGCACUUGACAAGAUCAUCGUUCAGGGAUACAAAGCAUUGCAGCUGCAAUACUUCUUCACAGCAGGACACGAUGAAGUCAAGGCAUGGACGAUUCAGAAAGGUACAAAGGCGCCUCAGGCAGCUGGAAGGAUUCACACAGACUUCGAAAAGGGAUUCAUUAUGGCUGAAGUUAUGAAGUACGAUGACUUCAAGAAUGAAGGAUCAGAAGCUGCUGUGAAGGCUGCUGGAAAGUAUAGACAGCAGGGACGCAAUUAUGUCGUCGAAGACGGAGACAUCAUUUUCUUCAAGUUCAAUGCUGGUGCUGGAUUGAAAGACGCGAAGAAAAAGUGAUGGCACGCGUUGCUCGUGUUGUUGCUCGUGCAUUUAUACGUCAACAUGAUACUCAUGUUUUGCUGCACACGCGACAUGCGAGUGAAACGACUAAUGUCGUUUGCCAAUACCCCUUAACGUGUUUCCUUCCAUUAUCAGCAAACCGAUAAGCUCCCACUGUAUUGAUCACGAUAAGAACAGUUUUACAGCAAAUCCUCGACGAUCGUGUAAAUUUUUACAUGUUUUGCUACACAAUUAACGCGAGAGGCCUUUCUCUACACGAUCAAAAUAGUUUAUUGCAGUCUUUUAUCGUAUCUAUACCAGUAACUAUUGCUAAAGUAAUUGCAACUUUACUUUAUGUUACACAACGAUCCCGAUUGAAAAAUGUUACGCUUCAGACUUACUAGGUGUAAAUAAAUAAUAGUGGCUUUAUAAAAUAACUCAUCGUUCUGUUUUUGUAACU